CUCUUUAACGCGGCGCAAUCGGCUUUUGUCUUCGAGCGAUAUUCAACCAGAAAAUAAAAAAAACAUCGUGUCCGUGAUCAGCGAAAAGAUAUUUUUUUCCUUUUUAAUUUUGUUUGUUUUAUUAUUUGGUUUUUGUUUAUUUUUAAUUCGAGAAUAAAAAAAAGAAAAUAAUCAUAAACGCAAAAUAAAGAAUAAGAAAUAAGGCGUCUUUGAGUCGCUUUAGUAAAAGUAUCUACAUAAAUGAGAAUAGUGACAGUGAGUGCAUCCGUAUUUAAUAGCAAUUAAAUAAAAUAAUACCCAAGGCCUGUUUUUUUUUAAUUAUCUUGUAUCUUGUACACAACAAAACUAGAUACGAAAGAGUGUGAAGUUUUUAGCUUUUUAUUUAAAAAAAAAAAGUAAUACAAAAAAAUUCAAAAGAGAUCCACUAAAAUAAAAUAUCUACAAACGACACGUACUCGGUAAAGUACACUCUCGAAGACGACGACGACUGUAGUUAGUACGAGUACACCACCUUUCACUUAACCUGUUCCAAAAGUGUUAGCAACCUUUAUUUUUUAUAAAUUUUCGGUGAAGUUCUUUUGUAUCUUUUGCGAAUUCGAAUAUAAACAUAGGUAUCUGCUUAUACCUACCUAUCUACCUUCUUUCUUUUAAUACCAACCUGCUUGUCUACCAUCAUCAUCAUCAUUAUCUUCUUCUUCUUUUUCAUUCGCGAUCAAGUGAAAAUAGUUGAUUUUUUCGAGUUUAAUUUGAGGUUAAAGCGCGUUAUUUUUCUUUUUUUUCGAGAUACAUCCUAUGUUCGUUUAUAAGAAAUGUAAAGAAGAAUUAAACAAAAAUAAAAGUAUCUAUUCGAACAGUGGAUCUAAACCAUGGAUUAAUAUCGGAUUUUCAUCAACAUUUGUAGUUUAAUAUAAGUUCAACAUUUUCAUCAAUCAUAGAAACGUCAACUAUGAUCCUUUAAUAUUCAGUAAAUUAAAAGAUACACUACGCGCAUAAGAACAAAGCCCUGGAAUAUACAAAACAAGGAGAAACAGCAGUUCGUGCAAAAUUCAAAGGAGAAACGAUCACGUAUUCCUGCACACUCACCAAAGCGACAACGGCAUCAACGACAAUAACGACGACGAAGCCAACAACAACAAAAACAACAACAACCCCGACGACAAAGUACAAAAACGUACAAAAAUAUAAAUAUAGAAACAACACAAAAAACAACAACAACAAUUACAAACACGGCAAAAAUUCCGCUUUGUAAAUGACGGUGAAAAUUGCAAACCUCCUGACACCUCUGCCGCCGUCGUCCAUUGCCACCGCAACCCUAACCACAAACGCCGACAGCCAUCACUACUAUCUGAAACCGUACGACCACUUUAGCAAAACAACAUUUGAUACCUUCUUCACAAUGCCGUUCGCCAGCGCCACGUCCAUAAUGACAAAUCGGGACCAUCCCUUUAAUCAGUCCACCCAAUCGACACGACCCCUACUAUCCGACCGGAAGCCUCCACAAUUGCUUGGCAAAAAGAAAUUCAACAACAAUGGCCGUGCGAACAACGCUCACGGUAAUGGCAAUGGGAUCAGUAACGUUAACGGCAACGGCAACAGCUACAGCUACAGCAACAUCAACGCCAUCAAUGGCCAACAACAGCAACAACAACGUGAGAGCGGUGUCAAAGUUCAGGGCAUCAAUGACUUUGACAUCAUAUCACAGCAGUAUAAGUACCUUAACAGUCAUCACCUGGGCUAUCCCUAUGGCAGUCCUCCCUCGCCCACAGCUAAUUCAAGUGACUUUGUGUUCUCCGACGAAACAACAACAACACCAACAAUGACCGGAAAGACGAUGAAUGGUGGAGGUGUUAUGGCGCCUUCAUUGCGGCAGCCAUUGUGUGAGAACGGUAGUUCACCUGCCAUUACAAGGACCUACGAUAGCAAUUACUACUGCAACACAUCGCGCUUUGAAGACGACUUCUGUUGUCGACGGAAUGAUCAGUUCGAUAGCAUACAAGUUCCCUUUGUGGUUGGCAACGGCCAAAUAAACAACAACAACGAUAUGAGGAUGCAAGUAGGCGGCCAUGAUGUUGGAAUCUCCAAUAGCAAUGGCGGCAAUAGCGGACCGUUCAUAUUCGGUGUGCAUCAUAGAGCGCCACCAGGCGGUAGAGAUUUUCUCGAUAGCACAGCUGUGAUAAGCGAUAAGGAUGCGACAUACUCAUUGGAAAAAGGACAGAAGUCAAUGUCCAAUAGUGAUACUAGUUCAAGUUCUAGAGAUAGUGGCAAAGGAUCAAAGCUUUUAGUUAAAAAUCGUAAAUCCUCAAAGAAAAUUUCAAAAGAGAAAAAACUAUCAAUCAGCAAGAACAACAAAGAAAAUCAUCCUCAAAUUAAAUGUGUUGUUGUUGGUGAUGCAGAUAUUGGAAAAACGAAUCUGAUUGUUACUUAUCUGGAAAAUCGUUUUAUAUCGGAACAUGUGCCUACAGCAUCAGAUAUCUAUAAUGCUGAGGUAAUGGUCAACGAUAGUCCAGUACAUGUAACCCUUUGUGAUACCGCUGGUCAGGAUACGCUAGAUCCAUUGCGUGAACUCUGCUACCCGGAUAGUGAUGUGUUCCUGUUGUGUUUCUCUGUUGUGAAACCAGAGACAUUCCAAUCUAUUAAAACCAAAUGGGCACCGAAAUUUUCCAAAAAUCCUGCUUCCUUAAUAUUGGUUGGAACACAAUCCGAUCAAAGAAGUAAUAUACACGUGUUGAAUAAGCUUCAGACCAAGGGUGAGAAACCGGUAUCAUUUGCAGACGCUUGGGACCUGGCAACAUCGAUUAAGGCGAAAUAUAUUGAAACAUCUUCAUAUACUCAGGACAAAGUCAAAGAUGUUUUCGAUACAGCAAUCUGGGAAGCCCUUGUACCAACCACUCUACCACCAACACCACCAUUGUGGAAGAAAAUUUUCUGUUUAGUAUAACAGUAGUUAUAAUAUUUUUUUUAUUUUACGAAAAAAAUUAAUUAAAAUUUUAAAGUUAAUUUGAUUUUUUUUCCUUCGAUAUAUUGUAAUUUAGUUAAAUUCGAAAUUCUUCAAAUAAUUUUCAUUUUUUUCAAUGAUAAAUGAAGACGAUGUACUGAUACUAAAAAAAGAGAAAUGUUUAUGUUUUUUUUAAUUAUUAUAUUUUUAAUUUUGUUAAAAUUAUAGUUUUCUUUAAAAAAGUCCGUAUGCGUUAUAGACUGAUUUAGUAUAUAAAAUAAAAUAUAAAAAUAUAAGUUUUAUGAUAAAAUAUUUUUGUUUUAAAUUCAUCAUUAUCUA